AUGGAUCGCAAAGAAGAUGGAAAGGAGCAGAUCAAGAUGGCCAUGACAACGAGAUGCGACGGAACGUUGACGAACUCCAGGUCCUUGGAGGAAGAGCUCCUGUCGGAAGCGGAGAAGUCGCUGAAGCGGCCCAGUGCGUUGAUCGGGGUCCUGCGAGCCCUGACCGCUGUCUUGCGGUUCGACACUUUCGGCUAUCUAAAGAGAGCUGUUGAAGUGAUCUGCAAUGCCAUGAAUUUCCAUUCUGACAACGUGAAAAUCCACAUUGCUGGAAGGCAAAGAAGAUGGAAAGGAGCAGAUCAAGAUGGCCAUGACAACGAGGUGAGAGAAAAUCCCAUAUUUACCAGCUCUGAGAAAAAUUUAAGAUGCGACGGGCCGUUGACGAAUUCCAGGUCCUUGGAGGAAGAGCUCCUGUCAGAAGCGGAGAAGUCGCUGAAGCGGCCCAGUGCGUUGAUCGGGGUCCUGCGCGCCCUGACCGCUGUCUUGCGGUUCGACACUUUCGGCUAUCUAAAGAGAGCUGUUGAAGUGAUCUGCACUGCCAUGAAUUUCCAUUCUGACAACGUAAAAAUCCAUAUUGCUGGAAGCGCUGCAUUGCUCCACAUGGCAGAACUGAAAAGCACGGAACUGGACGUGGAAGCAAAGAAGCAGAUUCUGGACGCCCUUCUCGCGUCGAUAACACGGCACCGAGGGCAACCUGAGAUUAUGCAGAAUGUCUUCAACGCAAUCACGCAGUUUGAGGAAGACGGCCGGCUGCUCGAGUACGAGACAGUGGCUCAGGUCCUUCUAAGUGUGAUAGGGGCCUUGAUGGAAGCCGGCGUGAAAGAAGAGAGUGGUCUCAGCAAAGACGAAAACGUUUGUCUGUAUCUAGGGUGCUUGACCCUGCUUCAGAUGUGCGGGGGAGCCGAAAGAACGUGCAAAGAACGUCUUGGGGAACUUGGAGUCAUGUCGGCUAUGAUUAAUGUCAUUCAAUUGGCGUUGAGUGGGAAAUGCCUCGACGCCGUGAUGCACCACGCAUGGUCGGCCUUAGCCAGCCUCACGGAUGAGACCCCUAUCAAUUCUCAACGGUUCUUGGAGCUUCAAGGGAUGGAGUGCUUCAUGGCCUGUCUCCCCAUCUACUUAUUUGGAAUUCACUUUGUCCUCCGAUGUGAAACCUCAUGCGAACCUUCCACUCCCAUACCGGUGAAGGCUCUCCGCGGGAAGGAGGACUUGCUGUCUAUCGGGAUUGUAGCGGUUGGGAAUGUUGUAGAAGUACCAGCGCUUCGACCCCAACUAUUGAAACCCGAGUAUGUGAACGCUUUCGCAAAGCUCCUCGACUCGAAGAUUCAAGGGAUUGAGGUUAGCGACGAAGCUACACGAUUUCUGGUGAACUUGCUAUCCGAUGGCGAAAAGGCGUGGACGAUUGAAAAGCCAACGCGUAAUGAGAUCCUGGACCACCUUGUGGCUGUCUUGGAUAGCCGGGAUUUGAGUACACGCAGAAACGUGAAAGUCACGUCGUUCGAGCCAUGCUUCCGCCUUCUGAGAUGUGACCAUGUUCCUCAGGCCCAGUAUUGGGCCAUCUGGUCUAUGGCUAACUUCAUCGCUCACUCUCCUGCUGAAUACUGCAAGCUCGUGGAUAAAGACGAAGACCUGGAGUUGAUUCAGAGACUUGGACAAGACCAGACUAUAUAUCCCCGCAUUCCUGAACUUGCAGACGUCGUGAUGGUCAACUGCGUCAUGCAGAGAAGUGCUGCUGAGGAAGGGCAGGCUGAGGAAGUUUCUGAAGAGGUCCAAAACAUCUCCACAGAUCCACCUCCUCAAAAAUUAUUCUUGAAACGAAAGAAGGCACCAGUCAUGUUGAAUAUCGUCAAAAUAUAUCCCAACUGGGAGAACGAAACACGAUUCUUUCCCCCUGAAGUAAACUUGAAACAGUGGUUGGAUGAGGCUAAAAACUCACACGAGAAGAUGGUACGGUCCCUGUACUGGAUGCUUCAUCGCUUUGGGAAGCACUCGGGACAGCCGAUGUAUGCCGGCUACAGAAUCGGAUUCGAACUGAAACAGAGAUAUCUUCCAGAUGCCUCGAAGUCGUCUAUGCAUGGUGAGCACGAAAUCAUGGUCAUUUAUCGGAAAAUGGGAAUCAUUACUAUUCGAGUGACAGAAGCAACGGUGGAGACAAUAGGAAGCUGCGUGGAAGAGGCAAGGCAAGAACUAAACAAAGAAACUGCUGAAUACUGCAAGCUCGUGGAUAAAGACGAAGACCUGGAGUUGAUUCAGAGACUUGGACAAGACCAGACUAUAUAUCCCCGCAUUCCUGAACUUGCAGACGUCGUGAUGGUCAACUGCGUCAUGCAGAGAAGUGCUGCUGAGGAAGGGCAGGCUGAGGAAGUUUCUGAAGAGGUCCAAAACAUCUCCACAGAUCCACCUCCUCAAAAAUUAUUCUUGAAACGAAAGAAGGCACCAGUCAUGUUGAAUAUCGUCAAAAUAUAUCCCAACUGGGAGAACGAAACACGAUUCUUUCCCCCUGAAGUAAACUUGAAACAGUGGUUGGAUGAGGCUCAAAACUCACACGAGAAGAUGGUACGGUCCCUGUACUGGAUGCUUCAUCGCUUUGGGAAGCACUCGGGACAGCCGAUGUAUGCCGGCUACAGAAUCGGAUUCGAACUGAAACAGAGAUAUCUUCCAGAUGCCUCGAAGUCGUCUAUGCAUGGUGAGCACGAAAUCAUGGUCAUUUAUCGGAAAAUGGGAAUCAUUACUAUUCGAGUGACAGAAGCAACGGUGGAGACAAUAGGAAGCUGCGUGGAAGAGGCAAGGCAAGAACUAAACAAAGAAAAAGCAACGGUGGAGACAAUAGGAAGCUGCGUGGAAGAGGCAAGGCAAGAACUAAACAAAGAAAGUGAGCACCUAGGGGAAUUGAUAAAGGAAAACGAAGUGGAAAUGGUAACCAUGAAUAAUGCGAUGACCAGCGGCUUGGAUGAAGAGGAGCUCGGUCUGGCAUCCUUCCCGGUCCACCAUCGUAUCAUGGCUGUCUGCGGCGUGACGGAGGAUGCUUUUACCGCCUCGGGAGCAUCACCUCAUGCCAAAGUCCUCUUCCAAAAAGAUUGGGAGUCUCUCACUGCUUUUGAACGUUGGUGGGAGGCAAACAUUUCUUCUCCUUCGAAAAUUCCCUCAAAAACUGCUGCCGCUCCUGGCGUUUUAAAGCCAUUCAAGCUUUCCUCAGAGACCUAUCUCCAUUUACUUGCGAUAUUCAUAGAUCCAUUGCGAGAAAAGCUCUUCCACAUACCACCGGCUUCACAAGGUCCCAAGCAAAUGGUGAUGACUUCAGAUCAGCGUAAAGCGUUGGAUGGCCUUCGAUCAGGCGAUGUUAGUAUCAUCGUUGGGGCAGCCGGCACCGGGAAGACGUUCAUCCUUCGAGAGAAAAUACGGAGCAUCGUGGAGGGUUGGUUCACGACCUAUUCGUCCGUGGGGCACAUGAAGGAAAAGGUCCUUUUUGUCUGCAGCAGCCCAGGCCUUUAUGCCCAUCUGAAAAGCACUAUUCCCGACCUCUUGAUGAAGUCAGUAAUGUCUAUCAUCCGCCAACACGAAAAAUAUGCUGCAGAAACAGAGGAGGGAAUGAGGAAGCUUCUAAAGGAUAAAGUCGUAAUUUCAACCUUUGACGCCUUGGUCGGUAGGGAAGGAAAAGAGAAGCCCAUCAUUACCACCUCUUUGGAGCCUCAUCGACGGGCAAAUGAAUCGGAGCCCCAAAUUAAACCUACGGAACCUUCUCGUCCCUCGCCAGCUGAGUUCUUCCAGGCUUUUCGAGGACUUUUCAAGCUAUACCUUCAAGUCUUUGGAGAACAGACAAAUGAGACAGGAAAAGAAGGAGUGGAGGAGAGAAAUGAAACGGAGGAAAGCGAUUCGGAAAGACAGAAAAGAGAUGCGACAGCGGAAGGGGAAGAGCGCGGAGAGGGGAAACAAGGUACUCAAUUAGUGGAAGUAGGCAGUCAGCCUGGUUCGUCGUCCGGUUCUUGGACUUCAGAAAUGAUGGAGUAUGUAGGAAUGAUGGUAAACAGCCUACCAGAGGGAGAUCGCUUGAGGGACUUCUUUAAACCGAUUCUACUUUUGAUGAAAAGGAUUUUAAAACCUGCUGACAGGAAUAAAGGGGCGUCAGAAGAAGAUAUAGAGAACCUGAAGAGAAUGUUGGGGAGCGUGGAACCCACAUUUCGCCACGUGUUCAUCGACGAAGCUGAAGAACUCUACCUUAGGUACAAGGACGUUUGGUUGGACGUCCUUCGCGCUCAUCACGAUCGGCACGAAUCUGGAUAUUUCUGUUUCGCCUUCGAUCCCAUGUAUCAUGAUUUGCAGAUACCAAAGGACAGCUCAUUUUAUGGCAUGCUGUCUAAGGAAGCAACGGUGGAGACAAUAGGAAGCUGCGUGGAAGAGGCAAGGCAAGAACUAAACAAAGAAAGUGAGCACCUAGGGGAAUUGAUGAAGGAAAACGAAGUGGAAAUGGUAACCCUGAAUAAUGCGAUGAACAGCGGCCUCGAUGAAGAGGAGCUCGGUCUGGCAUCCUUCCCGGUCCACCAUCGUAUCAUGGCUGUCUGCGGCGUGACGGAGGAUGCUUUUACCGCCUCGGGAGCAUCACCCCAUGCCAAAGUCCUCUUCCAAAAAGAUUGGGAGUCUCUCACUGCUUUUGAACGUUGGUGGGAGGCAAACAUUUCUUCUCCUUCGAAAAUUCCCUCAAAAACUCCUGCCGCUCCUGGCGUUUUGAAGCCAUUCAAGCUUUCCCCAGAGACCUAUCUCCAUUUACUUGCGAUAUUCAUAGAUCCAUUGCGAGAAAAGCUCUUCCACAUACCACCGGCUUCACAAGGUCCCAAGCAAAUGGUGAUGACUUCAGAUCAGCGUAAAGCGUUGGAUGAACUUCGAUCAGGCGAUGUUAGUAUCAUCGUUGGGGCAGCCGGCACCGGGAAGACGUUCAUCCUUCGCGAGAAAAUACGGAGCAUCGUGGAGGGUUGGUUCACGACCUAUUCGUCCGUGGGGCACAUGAAGGAAAAGAAGGAAAAACAGACGUCGUCGGGUCCGGAAAUACGGGUAGACUUUUCGUGA